AUGGACGAGUCAGUCACGGAUACGAUGUCGGUCACGGAUACGGUCUCGGUCACGGAUACGGUCUCAGUCACGGAUACGGUCUCGGUCACGGAUACGGUCUCGGUCAUGGAUGAGUCUGGGGGUCUAGAUCCUGAUCUAGACGGCGUCGUUGGAGAUGACAAUCAGGAACAGUUUGAUGACAAUGGCGUUCUACUUGCGUCAGAGUUGACUGAAAAGGAAAAGAAGGCACGGCCAAAACUUCAGCAUAUAGCUUUGACACUAUGGGAUACUGAUGAAGUCCACCGUGCAGAGUUGACCAGGAUGAAAAAGCAUCUCAAAUGGUGUGGGGUUCUACAUGGUAGAGAGAUUUGUCCUGAAACUGGUAAACCGCACAUGCACGUCUACAUUCAAACCCAUUGGACGAAGAGGAAAAGAAUUACGGAGAUCCGUAAGUGGUUCACGGACGACGAAGCGGAUGUUCAGUGGCCUGGCGGUGUUUGGAUAGCACCGGUUAGAGACAAGCUAGGAUACGUCAAAUACUGCAAGAAAGACGGAGACUUCAGAUUGGAGGGGGAGAUUUUCACUGAUGCUAAUCGCAAGGGUGAAGAGCGCCAAGAUCGGCAUGAUCUCCGGAAUGCUAUCUACGAGGAGGGAGUUAUCGACUUGAAGGUAUUGAGGUACCGGUUUCCAAACCAAAUGAUGUCUCCGGGUGGAGAGAGUAUGCUAACCCGCCAAGGGAAAAGCAUGAUGAUGGGGCGGUUAAAGUAUGAAUACAACCAACGAAGAGAGGGUUCUGCUCUGAUCCUGACGGUUGCACCGGCCAAGGAUCUCAUCGACACUAUCAGAGAUUACAGGCAUUCAUUGGAGCUCUUGAUUUUGGAAAUACCGAAGGCGAAGGGGGAACCGGCGUUCCUCAAAGGCGUGUUUUCUCUAUUGGAGCUUAUUAAGAACGGGGAGGCGUUUGCAUCCAAAUACAACACAGAACCAGUUCGGUUCCGGAACAAGGUCAAAAUAGUUAUUUGCAGGAAUGACAUGCACAAGCCCGAUUCGUUGUACGGAAAGGACAGGGAGGCAUACAUGGAUAUAAGCAUCGAUACAUGGGAAUGGGUUCCUCACAGAGUAUUGGAGGAGCGAUGGAAUGCUCAACAUCCUGAUGAUAAGGUAAUAAUCGACGAGGAUGACUAUGAUGAAGAGGGGUGGUUUGUUGAGUGGCACGGCAAGAAGAAAACAGAUCACGGCAAAUGGUUCAGAGGGAGGACAGUUGAAAAACAAAUCAAAGAAAUUGAGGCCGAACAGGAGAAGGAUGUCAUCAACAAUGCGAGACGUUUGAUUCAACUGAGAAUGAAGUAUGCUCAGUUGAAGAUUGCUACGUGGGGGUUCAAUCUGAUGCGGCCGUCCGUUACAACCGAGGAGACUGAUCAGGGGGUUGUCGAGUCACCUGAACAAGUUGUCCUUACCGAGGAAGAAAUGGCGAUGGCUCGUGCGCUUCGGAAAGUCAACAAGAACAGGCGCAAUGUUCUACUGCAGAGCCACAGGAGGGCGGCUGCUACGUUGAAACGAAAGAGGGAACAUCGAAGUGAGGAGGCUAUUUUCGAUUCAAAUAGUAACAGGUAUUAG